ACGUGGGUUUAUCUUUACGUUUUGCCGCAGUGGAAAUUACUUCCUUGUUCUUUCAUUCGCAGAUUUUCCUCGCCCAGUGCUAACAAAAUAUCGCGCCUCACAGCAAGAACUCAUUGAGAGCAACGUCUCCACAAUAAGAGAUAUCAACAAUUAUGGGUUUGGUCGAAAUUAUUGCUGUGACGAGUCUGGUAUCCUGGGCUUUUCAGUUUUCUGCCUUUGUUUGCCUGUCGCAUGGUACACCUAUAGGAUUUGCUAAUUCCUUGGUAAACAGUAGCGAUCAGAAUUUGACGCCGAGUACAGCUGGGAAAACAGCAGAGGACAUCACCGAGGACGAUUUCCCACCUCUUAAUUUCUACAUCAAAGACGUUCUAACUACUCCACUGGAUAAAUCAAAUCAUACCGGCAACUUCACACCGAACAACUACUUUGCAGAGGUGCACAUCGAAGAAUUGCUUAAUGACACGCGGCAAGACAACCUGUCGCGACUUAACUAUGAAACGUUUUGGUCCAACGGCAGCCUCACGCUCACACUUGUGGACCUGGAAAAACUCGCCAACGGUACAAUAAACGCAACGCACGAUGUAUGGAGCAAGCUUUCAGAACUCGAACUUGAAGACCCAAACUUGCACCCAGGUGAAUUCCACUUGUACAAUGAUCACCACAACACCGGGCGUCAUCGGCGAAGAAGGUACGUGUUUGGUUCAGACGAUCGAAAAGAAGUCACUCUUGAGGAAUCCAAGCGGCUUCCCUAUUCUGCAGUGGUGAGGAUCUCUACGGGCUGCACAGGAACUCUCAUUUCCGAGUACCACGUUCUUACCGCGGCGCACUGUGUUCAUAGCGGGCUAAAAUGGAAUUUUGACGAUCCUAAGGAGCUGAAAGUGUUCAUAUUGCGGCAUCAGGGCAAAGUGAUACAGAUUGGAGUCGAUUACGUAAAAGUCCCGCGGGGUUGGACUCUGUCUCGGGAUUUCCGCUACGAUUACUCAGUGAUAAGACUCCGUCGACCUCACAAGAAUGAGUACUUAGGCUUGUAUGAAAUCCCCGCGAAAUUUUCAUUUGAAUUGAAGAUCCAGUUUGCUUCGUUUCCUGCUGACAAACGCUUGAACACCGUCUGGUAUUCUUACUGCAAUUCUUUUUGCGUCAAUCACGCCAUUCUGAACCGCUGUGAUUCGUUCUACGGUAGUUCUGGAGCGGGGGUCUUUGGCAAAAAAGGUAAAGGGGACAAAGCGGAACGAUUCGUCAUGGGAGUGUUCUCUGGCUCGUUGCGCGUAAAGUACCGCGGGCGACAAAAGAAACGUCGCAUGAACGUCGCCACGAAGAUCACGCCACUAAAGUUGGCCCAGAUUCGCGCUUGGAUGGAUUCACCUCCAAGCAAAUCCUGAAGCGCUUACACGCAUGAAGCCGUCGCUAAGAUGCCCGUUCACCCGAAUGACUUGAGUCCAUAGGAGGCUCCGAUCAACUCGAAAGCAAAAUCUGCCACGCCCCCCACAACCCCAAAAACUCAGCUAAUAUGGAAUAAUGCGGCGACGUAAUGGCCGAGACUGCGGAGCUGUUGGUCAUGUGACCUAUCUAACAAAAUAAUUUUAGAUCGUAGCAUUUACGUCAAGAAACUCUAUAUCAAAGCUGUCAUAUUUAAUGACCUUUCACUCCAGCCAUGUCGCCUUUCGAAUUCAAUCUUGUCUCCACAUUCAGAAACCACCUAUCUUCGCUAUUUAAAAAUUAGAAAGCGAAUGAUCUACUUGCUUUAGUAGAAUUCUAACUAAAUUUCUUUCGAAUAAUGAUUUCCGAUUAGUUUUCUUCCCCGCGCGUGCGGACGUCGCCAUUUUGUAGACGACUGCUAAAUAAAUAGUAGCCUCCAUUUGGCGCCAAAGUAUGCUCGGAUAUUUGUCCUCGCCUUGCGUGCGGGGGCUGCGGACAGCCAAAACCAAGCUGUCCCACCGAAACGACGGGAUAAUAGUCUUUUUCUUCGCAGCUAACAAAAAAUAAAGAAAUAAAAAAUAAAGUUGAUUUGGCCUCUUCUAAUGUUUAACUUGAGAAUUCUGGGUUUAAGCUGCCUGGCGACAGCGAUCGGAGAGCGAGUUCCGAGCGCGGGCGACCAAUUUUUGACGCCAAAUUAAAAGCUUGGAGAAACAAAAUGUUUCCAAUUUUUCACUUUUUACGAUCUAAUUUGGUUUUAAAAUUAUAAAUCCCUUUUCGUGAAUAUUUUAGAACACUCUCUCCAGCAAGAAAAGUCGCCCGACUUCAGUGUUUUUCCCGCUAACAUGCAUAUGACAUCAGGACAGCUCAGUUUUUCCUGCCGGCUGAAUCCCGAUUGAUCAAUUCAAAUUUUAGUUGGCGCACCGACCGUAUGCAAGGCGAACGUUAUCUAUUCCGAGAAGCGAACAGUGUUCCGAGAGCGAAGUGUAAGCUUCGAGGGACAGAUAAUGUUCAAGGAUAAACAUCCGAGCAUAUACUGUAAGCCAGUUGGGAACUAUUUUGUUUAUUAUCCCUCCAAUGUUUUUCACAACACGAGGCAUAUUCAACCACGUGACGCAUUUAAACCAAUCGCGUGCGAGCGAACUUAUUUGAUGGAUUACAAUAGAUGACAAUAUAAGGCAGCUCAGCCAAUCACAUUGCAGCAUUUGAAUUAAUGUACUAGUAUGUUGGCAUUUUCUAAUUUCUAAUAUUUACUAGAAGACAGUUCUUUUUGACAUGGCUAGGUCACUCAGCUAAGAAUGGUCGAAUAUUGAAGAUAUCAAUUAAGGCAAAAGCGACGUUUUAUUUCAUUUCACAAUUCACAACGCAGUAUUUAGGCAAAACCAAUCUAUAUUAAUGGGCCGUUUUUUUCCACGAAGGCGGUGUGUAGCUUUCGAAUUGACCAGGGCAUCGUGUAGUGGAAUAUUAGCUUAUUUAACUGAAUUUAACCCGGUCAAAAUAAAUGGCAAAAAAGUUGUAUUUAAGACACCACGUACUCCGCUUGAACAUGCAGUUCAACUGACUGAGAUGACUGUAUAAAUAUAUAUUGCUGGAAAAUUCUUCUAUAUUCAAAAUGCUGUAAUUAUUCCUCCACGUUUACUAUACAUAUGUACAACUUUAUUGAAGUAAAGAGACUUAAAAGACAA